AUGAGCGAGGACUACCGUAGCACGAUCAGCCAGAGACAGGGAUUCCAGAGGACCGGCGGUUUUACCUCCUCCACCACCUCUUAUGGAUCCCCGAUUUCCGGCAAUCGCAUGGUGAAGAUUGUGAACGAGGUCUCGUCAUCAACUCUCUCGGGAAUGUCACCAUUUGGACAACAUGCUGCCUCGUCGAUUAGAGAUGCUCGCGAACGCGAGCGCAAGGAGAUGUCCGAUCUCAACGACCGCUUGGCUAGCUACAUCGAGAAGGUGCGCUUCCUCGAGGCGCAAAACCGAAAAUUGUCCAAUGAUUUGGACUUGUUGAGAAGCCGAUGGGGAAAAGAUACACACUCGAUCAAAACAAUGUACGAGAGUGAGAUUCGAGAGGCUCAGAAGCUCAUUGGGGACACAAAUCGCCAACGCGAUGAUCUCGAGAAAGACAUUCGGAAAUUGAUGGAAGAAGUGGCAAACUAUCGCCGAAUGUACGAGCAAGCUCUCCGUGAUCGCAACGCGGAUCGCGCAAAAAUCGAGGAACUCUUGGAGAAACUGAGCAAAUUGGAGGCUGACAUCAAUUUGUUGAAGAGAAAGAUCGCUGGAGCUGAAGAGGAAGUGUCGAAGAUUAGGAAAGAGAAUCAAACAAUCAUGGGCAACCUCCAACGCGCUCGUCAAGAUCUCGAUCAAGAAACUCUCAACCGAAUCGAUUAUCAGAAUCAAGUGCAAACUCUUUUGGAGGAAAUCGAUUUCAUAAAGAGAGUCAAUGAUUCUGAGAUUCGAGAUCUUCAGGCAAUAGCCUCUCGUGAUACGACCAUCGAAAACCGAGAGUACUUCAAAAAUGAACUCUCAUCAGCUAUCAGGGAUAUUCGUCAGGAAUACGAUCAAUUGAUGCAAGUGAAUCGAAAUGACAUCGAGUCUUGGUACAGGUUGAAAGUGCAAGAGAUCUCCACCUCGUCAGCCAAAGUCAACAUGGAACAAGGAUACGCGAAAGAAGAGGUGAAACGUCUCCGCACUCAACUCGGUGAUCUUCGCGGUAAACUCGGCGAUUUGGAAGGGCGAAACUCUUUACUCGAGAAACAAAUCCAAGAGUUGAAUUAUCAAUUGGAGGAUGAUCAAAGAUCUUAUGAAUCCGCGUUGAAUGAUCGUGAUUCACAAAUUAGAAAGAUGAGAGAAGAAUGCCAGGCAUUGAUGGUCGAGUUGCAAAUGUUGUUAGACACCAAACAGACCCUGGAUGCUGAGAUUGCAAUCUAUCGUAAGAUGUUGGAGGGAGAGGAGAACCGAGCUGGACUCCGUCAAUUGGUUGAACAAGUUGUGAAAACAUCCGGAAUGACACAUUCUGAGGAAUUAGAAACCAUGCGCACUCUGAAGGGAGAAACCUCGUCGAGAACCUCUUUCCAACGAUCCGCUAAAGGAAAUGUUUCAAUUCAGGAAGCAAGUGCUGACGGAAAGUCGAUCAUUCUCGAGAAUACCCAUCGAUCUCGUGAAGAGGAGAUUGGAGGAUGGAAGUUGAAGAGGAAAAUUGAUGGAAAGAAAGAGAUUGUCUUCACUUUCCCUCAACAAUUCGUCUUAAAACCAUUGAAAACUGUCAAGAUCUUGGCCAAGAACCAGGGAAUGGCCAAUGGAAUUGAUGUGCUUGUUCACCAAGAUGAAGACUCAUUUGGAACGGGCAGCAAUGUGCACACAAUUCUCUUCAACUUAGCUGGAGAGGAACGCGCCACCCUCAUCCAGCGUGCGUCACGCGAU